AUGCCGGACUCCGACGCGAGCGCGAAGGCUGAAGCUUCGCCGGUGGCCUCCCCCGCCGCGUCCCCCCAGCCCUCCACCCGGGGUCGUCCUGCUCCCUACCCCCAGAUCCCCGCCCCCAACUUCGAGGGUCCCUCCCCCGCCGCCAGACUCCCCGCACCUCGGGGCUCGCACCUGGAUGCUCCGCCCGCAGCCCAGCGCCGGACCCCAGCCCCCGCCCCACCCCGGGGCUCCCGGAGGCCGUCGGAGCCCGGGGACGGCGCGGCGCGGCGGCCGCCAGGAAAGGACAAAGGCUGUUCCGCCGCCGGCCGCACCGUGCCAGGCUCGCCCCGCCUGCCGCCCCGGUGGCCCCCGACGCCGCCCCCCUUGUGUCUGCUCCGCGGCCCGGGGCUGCACGGUCCGGACGGCUUCCGGGAGGAGGCGGCUUCCUUGGGACCCUGCACGCCGGACAUCCUCCGCGACCUCAGGAGCCGCAGCCCCCUUCUCCGUGUCUCCUGGCCUGUUGAGGUGGCCCCGUCUCCUUGA